AUGCGGCAAUUACUCAAUAAAAACGCAAUUACGCGUCUGUCUGUGUUGUUGGAAGUAGCCUACACCACCGCAGAUUUUUUCAGUGAUGAAAUUUCAGUGCUAGUAUUGGUAGGUAGCCGGGUUCCCAGGGUGCUACCAGCUCGUAUGGCAGUAUCGGUUGGUAGCCGGGUUCUCCAGGAUGCUACCAGCUCGUAUACUAGGCAAACGGGGACUAUCCUAACCAGUUGGGCAGCCAGACACCAAUUGUGCCAUUUGAUAGAUUCAGAGACCAUAUAUAAUGACAGGUACAUUGAUUGGCAAAUAAAAACUAUACAAGCUUUGACCAGGCAGACAGACGGUUGCAGAACCAAUCAGUACAGCUUACAUCCCACUAAGAAAAACACUGGAAUUGGAUUACAUAAUCCAGACGGAGAGAUUAGCGAUCAUGACAAACGAUUAUAUUAUCCUACAUACCUCUACGAUGGUUAUGUUAUCUUGCUUGUCUACAGUAAUCAAAUUUCUAUUAGAAAAUUUUCUUUUUGCGCGAUUACAUGUCAUAAAAUACCUUAUAAAUCAUUUGGUCAUGGGCCGAACACGAACGUGAUUCUCUAUAGUGUUAUGGUCUAUACGGGUGAAACGACAUUGGACUUUAUAAAUGGACAUGUAUUGUCUUACUAUUCUCCUGACAUUCUUAUAAUAUUGAUCGGAAGCUAUGAAAAUAUGUUCGAACAUAAAUUCCGUGGAAUCAAAAAAACUGAAAAGGCUCGCCAAACAAUUUAUUGUGCUGAAUGCCAAAAAACAAUAGUUUCACAGAACAUCAAGCGUCACUGUCGUACUGCUGGUCACCAAAAAGCACUGUCAGCAAAAGUCACUCCUAUAACUCCCAGUAACAUUUCGAUUUCUGAAGAUAACGACCCCGAAUCAAUUGUUGAUUUAUCAGAUGAAAACAUUCAAGUAUCCGAAGAUCUGUUAUUGAACAGUAUUGAGGAUCAGUAUAACGAGGAAGAUAUUGAAACUUCUAGUGAAAUCGAUGAUAAUGAUUCUGAUGAUGAAUCAGAGUCAGAAAGAGAGCAAGUCAAUGAAAGCACACUCAACGGCACUGCUACCGAAUUUUUUGUUGGAAGAUUUAGUGCAGUUCAGAACGAAGCUAAUACCGAAGAUGCAACCAACGAUAUUAAUACAUUUAAUGGUAUGGUACCCAUUUGGGAGGCCUCCUCUGGUGUUGAAUGGAACAACUUCGUUGAAUCAAACUAUCCUUUCAACACUACCCAAAAUUUUGUUUUGCAAGCUCUUGUAAAUGGAGACGACGACCAGUUAUCCAGAAGACAAUUAAAGAAAAUGCUUUACACCAUGAACUUGUUGCUCAAAUUAAAAGAUAAUGCUGUAGAAGAGAACAGAAGUUUCGAACUUCCGGCUCUGGACAAUCUUUGGAAUUAUCAAUCUCGCAAAGGCAAUAAUAUCCCUGUUUUUAAAACGGAUACAAAAACUACCACUGUCAAAGCCUUUAAUAAGCUCCAAAAUAAAGAUGAAAUGGUCGAAAGAAAAGUCUUCUUGAAUCUGCCUUCUGAGCAUAUCAGACUAGCAACAUCGAACCCAACGAAGGCCAGUAAAAUUACCAAGCUUCCCGAUCAUACACCUGAUCAAUCGCUUGAUCUUCAUCAAGGUAAAAAGUGGAAAGAAAACCCUUCAUUCCAACACCCUAUGGUAACUGAAAUGGGAAAAGAUUACUGGGUUGGAGACUUUGUCUACUUGAGAAGUAAAGACCUUUUCUUGAUCAAGUCGUUUCAUACAAAGAAUCAAAUUCGACUCGCUGCAGGCUACCGUGUUUUUAAGCAAGACGAUUGCUUUGGGAUUUCAACAAUUACCAUGGAGAUUCCCUUGGUCCAAUUAGGAGGACAUUACGAAUCCAAUGUAUGCGGUAGCAAAUGCUUUUCUUUGGAUUGUGAUGGUCAAGGACUGGAUUAUUUGCAUGAAUCUUUAGUUCUUAGCAAAUCUCCUUUGAAACGUAACAAGUGUGACAGCAAUGGAAACGUUGUUCAGAAUCAGUAUUAUAAAGUCAAGGUAACGCCAAUUACUUUAUUUUCUGAUGACUAUUCAGGAAAUAUGUCAAAGCAGCACAAUCCGUACGAAAGUUGGUCUAUGAACUUUGCUGGAUUGCCUUUUGAAGACAGAUCGAAAAGGGAAAACACUUGCUUCAUUUGGACGGCGCCCAAGACAGAUGGAAUUAAUGCCUUAAGUAUCAUUCCUUUCAUUGUUGAUGACUUAAAGAUACUUGAGAAGGGUGUACUAAUGUAUUCAGCAGAAGAAAAUGAAAUGAUUCUAGUAACAGCGCCAUUAAUGUUCAUUAUGGCCGAUAACCCAGCCCAUUCAGACAUCUGCGGCAUACUUGGGAUGACAACAGUUUUUCCGUGUAGAAAAUGUUACUUCCGUAACAUUAAAAAGCGCAAAAACGAAAUUUACGCAGUGACUCCUGAACAGUUACUCGCCAAAUACAAUAAUAGAACCAAAGGCGACUAUGUUCUCGCUUUGGAUCCAAAUGCAGUCAUCACCAAUGCUGUAGAAUUCCCUGUUGCAGCAAAGCUUUUGAGCUAUCGAAAUCUUGGUGGGAGUGAAAGAUUACUAGAAUUGGCCAGCUAUAAUCCUGCAGAAGAUACACCAGUGGAAAUUCUUCACACAAUUUUGCUUGGUGUUGGUAAGUAUCUCGUGAACCAUUUGAUAAAGGUGACACUUUCAAAGAACAAAUCGGCCAUGGCGAUCUUGAUAACUGCAGUGAAACGCUAUGAAUCCUGCAAAAAUUACAGCCGUAAUUUCUCAAGACAGCUCAAACAUUGUGGAUCGUUUCUUGGCCGAGAUUAUAAACAAUUGCUUCAAAUUCUGCCAUUGAUCAUUUCGCAAUUAUUUGUCGAUCCAGUUCGUGAUGCUGAAAUCAUCGAACUUAACAAGCCUCUAAGCAAGUUGGGUGAGCUGUGCUCAUUAGUUUUUGUCCGUCGUGUGCACAUGGGGUUUAGUAAGUAUGUGAAUGAUGUGCAUGAAGUCAUACAUGAGUUAACGAAGAGAAUCCAUGCCUUUGAUCUUGCAAUCUCAAACCCCACGCCAUAUUCAUGUAAACCUAAGAUGCACCUCUUGCAUCAUCUUCGUGAUGAUCUGAUCAAUUUUGGGUGCGCUUUACACUAUGAAACAGAAAAAGGUGAGCAAUUCAACAAAUUUUUACGUGAACAUCUAUUCCACACAAACAGAAAAGAUACGUCCAAAAGCCUUGCGCUGAAAUUUGGUAAGCAAGAGCUACUUAGACAUAUUGUCGAUGGAGGGUCUUGGGUGAGCAAAGAUAUAAAGAGGGUCCGGUACGGCUCGAAGCUCAAAAAUUAUAUUGAUAUGGCAGGUGAUGACUUUUUCUUGGAAAUGUUUGGUAGCUCCCGUGAGUUUGCCGAUAACAACUACUCGGGGGUAAAUACCUUUUCAGUGGGUGUUUGUGGUUUGUUUUCUGUCUGCAUAGAUAACAACACAUCAGUAUUUGUAGGUGAGAUCACCAAAAACAAUGGUAAAUUGGUUACUUUGCAGCGAUUUCAACCUGAUGUUACUGGUAGAACCGGACAGCCUAUUAGCUGCACAACUGAUGGGUUUAUCGAAAUUGAGGCAGAUAAACUUAUUCCAAAGGGUGCUCUUGAUAUGUUCAACAAAGAUGUCAAUGGAAACAAGAUUAUCAACCCAUAUAAAUUUAACACAACUAUGCUCCUGACACAGCUUAAAUAA